GGGCCAACAGCACAGCGUCGUAUGCGGGAGGUUCUCAUGACAACCCGCCAUCGUUUUCAUCAUGGUCGUGCUCAACACUUUGAUGCUGGCUCUUGCGGUCCCAUUGACCGCCCAACCCGUCUCAGCGCACCCCUCCACCACCCUCCUCACCUCCCGCGCCCCGCUCGGCAACGGCGUGGCCCUCCGAAUCAUGCCCCUCGGCGCCUCCAUAACCUACGGCACGGCGUCGUCUGACGGCAGCGGCUACCGCGCGGCCCUGCGCGCCCACAUCGUCUCGGCGGCGACCGGAAACAAGGUCAACAUGGUCGGGUCCCGGCAGUCCAGCACCAUGGCCGACAACGACGUCGAGGGCUGGCCCGGCCUGCGCGUCGAGCAGGUCCGCAAAAAGGCGCGGGCUUCGGUGCCGCAGUGGAAGCCGAAUGUCGUGCUCGUUAACGCCGGGACGAAUGACGCGCUACAGGGGUGGAACGUCAGCUCCGCGGGGGAGCGGAUGGAGGAGAUGGUUAGGGGCGUGUGGGAGGACAGUCCGCGGGCGGUGGUGGUGCUGAGUACGUUGGUUGUGAAUCAGCAGGCCUCGGUGGAGCAGAAUGUCGAGGUGAUCAAUCGGCAGUACAGGAAGCUGGCGGCGCGGUUGAGGGGGGAGGAGGGCAGGCGGAUUGUGUUGGCCGAGAUGCAUGGCGAGAAGGGGCCCGUCUUGGAGGAUCUCGCGGAUGGGAUACACCCGACCGACCAUGGGUAUCGGAUCAUGGCUGAGUUGUGGUUUGCGGCGUUGGUCGAGGCCAGUCAAGCCGGCUUGUUGCAGGCGCCGGAGCCGGUGGAGGGUGUGCCGGACGAUGGGGCUGCAUAACCAUUGAUAUUUCCUACCGUCAUCCCAAGCCUGUAUGACUCGGAUGGGUCCUUACCCC